AUGCCGCAGUCAGCCCUCCUUCUCGGCUCCGGCUUCGUCGCCACGCCCACUGUUGAUGUUCUCUCCAACGCCGGUGUGCACGUCACAGUCGCCUGCCGAACGUUGUCCUCCGCCCGCAAACUUGCCAGCGACUUUACCAACACCAAUGCCGUCGGCCUCGACGUGAAUGACACGUCCGCUCUGGAGGACGCGAUAGCCAAACAUGACAUCACAAUAUCGCUAAUACCAUACACGUGCCAUGUUGCUGUGGUGAAGGCAGCUAUUAAGGCGAAAAAACAUGUCGUCACUACAUCAUAUGUGUCACCGGCUUUGCAGGCUCUGGACGAGGAGGCUAAGGCUGCGGGUAUCACGGUUAUGAAUGAGAUUGGGGUGAAUGAAAUAAGGUACCUAGAGAACGGUGAAUCCAAAUGUGUGAGCGGUGGAGACCUUAUGGACACAGCGAAGCCAUAUCACACGGGCUUUCUGGGUUUUAACUUCGUCGCCUAUGGAAACCGAGAUAGUACUGUCUACCGCGAAAGGUACAACAUUCCAGAGGCGCAAACAGUGAUGCGUGGCACUCUACGUUACGCCGGCUUUCCGGAGCUGAUCAAAGUCCUUUUCGACAUCGGCUUUCUCAAUGAAAGGGAAGAGAAAUUCUUGAAAGAGCCAAUCGCCUGGAAAGAAGCAACCAAGAGAAUCCUUGGUGCAAGUUCGUCGAGCGAGAAGGAUCUUGUGUGGGCUAUUUCAUCCAAGACAACGUUCAAAAACACGGAUGAUAAGAAUCGGUUGGUUGCAGCUCUUAAGUGGCGUAAUCCUUUAGAUACGCUGUGUGCCACCCUCGAGGAGAAGAUGGCGUACAAAGAGGGUGAACGUGACUUUGUGUUCCUCCAACACAAGUUUGAGAUUGAAAAUAAAAAUGGUAGUAGAGACACCAUAACAUCUACCCUCAGCGAAUACGGUGCUCCCAUUGGAACUCGAGGUUAUUCGGCCAUGGCAAAACUUGUUGGUGUGACAUGUGCAGUAGGCAAGUCUUCCAGUGCUGCAAAAGUCCUUUCUGUCAAACAAGUCCUCGAUGGCACGAUAUCGGGAAAAGGUAUCCUUGCGCCGAUGACGCCAAGCAUAAACAGGCCAUUGAUGCAGGAGCUAAAGGAGAAGCAUGGGUAA